AUGAGCGACAAGAAGCGCAAGAACGACGAGCAGGCCGCGCAGCCUGAAGGCAAGAAGGCGCGGAAGGAAGAGAAGAAGGACAAGAAGGAGAAAAAGGAGAAGAAGGUGAAGGAUGUUGUUGAGGAGGAGGUGAAGGAAGACAAGAAGGAGAAGAAGGAUAAGAAGGAAAAGAAAGAAAAGAAGGAAAAGAAAGAGAAGAAGGAGAAGACGGAGGAGGAACCGGAGAAGGAAGAGAAGAAGGACAAGAAGGAGAAAAAGGAAAAGAAGGACAAAAAGGAGAAGAAGGAGAAGCGCACCGACGAGCAGGAACAGCAAGACACCCCCGCCGCGGACGCAAUGGACGUUGACGAGCAACAAGACGCCCCCGCCGAGCAGCCGAACGGUGACGACGCCUCCAAGAAAGAGAAGAAAGACAAGAAGAAGGACAAGAAAUCGAAGAAGGAGAAGAAAGAAAAGGCCUCCGCGUCCGAGGACCAGCAAGCAGAGCAGCAGACGGCCGAGUCGCAACCCGCCGAGAAGCAGAACCGAUUCAUCGUCUUCGUCGGAAACCUCCCCUACUCGGCCAACGCAGAGUCCCUGAAGAAGCACUUCGAAAAGAACCCUCCUGCCUCGGUGCGCGUGGCCACGGAGAAAGAAAAGCCCACCAAGUGUCGCGGCUUUGGCUUCGUUGAGUUCGACCACUACGAUCGCAUGAAGACCUGUCUGAAACUGUACCAUCACUCUAUGUUCGACGACGGAAAGUAUCCGCCGAGACGGAUUAAUGUGGAACUUACGGCCGGCGGCGGAGGUAAAUCGAACCACCGCAAAGCCAAGAUCGAAGCCAAGAACAAGAAGCUGGCCGAAGAGCGCCAAAACAACCUGCACAAGGAGAAGGAGCGCAAGACGCAGACCGAGGAGACCGAGGUGGACGAGUGGGCCGGCAUUCAUCCUAGUCGGCGGAAUCGGAUGGCUUAG